UAUAACUCUUAUCCGUUUUUAGUAUAUAAUAUCCAUGUUUUCGGUAAUAAAAUCAGAACCACCGAAGACAGUAAGAUAACAACAUGAAACUUUUUGGCCACAUUCAUCACUUACUACUGAUUUGUACGUACUUGACAUACCUCAUCAUCAUGACCAACGGAUAUCCGUUGCGUCCUAAUUAUUGUUCUUUGUAUGUUCCGGACGACAAUUUCGUUAUUGAUGAACCAACCGCACCGGUUGCCACUAAACCUAUACUGUUAGUCGGUAAGAGAUUUGUGGAAGAUAGUUCAUCAAACGACUUAAUAAAGCCAUCCGAAUCCAAUAUUAUGCUGAAGAAGAAAAACUCGGAAAUAAUUAGCGCUUUGAUGGGAUUACGCAGGGCCAUGUCAAACAACUAUGGCGAACAUCAUGUACACAACUGAUGAUGAUAUCAACAUUUUUGUUUUCUAGUAACAAUACCUAUAUUAUGUUAACACGUAUAAAUUG